UCAAAUAGACAUUGGCUUGGACAAUUUGAUCAUUUAGUGUUUUACCUGUGAAUGUGAACAAUCUUAUUCAGAUAUUAAACAAAGUGUAAGUUAAAGGAGACCGGUGAAUUAACCUGCUACUAAAGACUAGACACAAGGCAGACAAAUGUAUUCUCUCGACUGCAGCUGCCAUCAGCCUAUGAACCGCGACAGUCACACGUGCAACUGUACCAGUGAUGCGUCAGACUGCGAACGACUUCACAGCUUUCACGUGCAUGACAACGACCACCAACAUACCAACAAUAAUGGGACACAACACGAUCGUAACCAUGGCGACGACCACGAGAUCGAACAUGGCAUACAGGGUAUUGACAAUGGUCGCGUGAUUGAGUGUAAAACUUGUCACACCGGUGAACAUCAAACCCCUAGUAACGACAAUGCUUGUAAAGCUAGUGAUGGUCACAGCGAUUCAUUUUCAAAAGACAUAUACGGCUGUGAUCUGAGCAGAACAAGUCAACCACACAAUGCUCAUGUGAACACAAACGAGAAUCCGACACAACACGAACAAAACAACAAAGACCUUUCUCAUGAACACAGCCGACCUUUUGGGGAUGAGAAGCACGAUUUUGACCUUGUGUUGGUGCUUGAUUCCCUGAUAAGAUGUCCGCUAGAGGGCGGCGAUGUUGAUCUUAGCGAAUAUCUUGUCGCCUACAGAGAACUUUGCAGAUUCUUCAAACUGACUGGUCGUUUGUUUGGGUUUGUCGCUAAAGACCUUGAAGGCAAACUAGCUAUCAUCGAACAGAAAAUGGACGACAAGCUGCUCUCCACACAUUACACCACAGUGAAAACCAUGGUCUGCUACGAACAGGAGCACUCAAUCACUUUCAAAAAAGGAUAUAAACCGUCCGGGUCAAGGACGUUGCUUCGACUACAUUGGGCGCUUGAAUUCAUACUUGAGUUCAUGAAGAAGUUGAGUACAAGUUCUGAUCACGACAAAACGUCACUUAUUGCGUCGGAAGUCUACCACAAAACGCUUUCUCACCAUCAUCCAUGGAUAACACGGAAAAUGGCUGCACUUGCAAUGUACUUGUUGCCUACGCGGAAGGAUCUGAUUGGGGCCAUGUGUAAACAGGACUAUGAUCAAGUGAUUGAACUUUUGGACGAAGUAGUCCAGGCAGGAAAACUGGUUUACGAUUCCAUUCAAGACAUCUUUGCUUACAAUAAUAUAUUAAAUAUUCCAUGAGAUUGCAAAUAAAAUCCAGUACUUAUACCGAAAUCGCAGUAUUAAAUUAUGCCAUUAGCUUGGACUUUGUUCUUGUGUAAUAUAGAUUAUUACUAAUGAUUAUAUGAAUUUCAUGUGUGUUAUAUAUCAAAUUUCCUUAGCAUGUGUUUGGUGAUAUUUUAUCAUAUUUUCAAAUCCAAACUCGAUGCAUUUAAACACGCCAGUAUUUCAAAGUUUAAUAGCUGUGUUGUAUAUA